AUGUUCAGGACCCUGAGAAGAUCCACCAAACUCACGCGAGUCCGGCUCAGCAGCUUCGACCUCCAAGGCCCGCCGAGCGUCUCCAAGCAGAACAGACGGUUCCCUCUCAAGUCCCCCAGCACCGACUGGGGCCCCUCUCCUUGGCUCUUUCUCUAUCUCUUCAUCGUUGUAACAAGCUUCGAUAGCCUGAUUCACGACUUGGAGCUGGGAGUGAGUGCCAAGAAGGGCCACUUCCAGCUGCGUGAGCCAGAGCUCUCCCCCGAAUGGCACAACCUGUACGACCCAACCGAGGAGCUGACCUUCUACUACAACUCGGUCACAAAGGUUUCUCAGUGGACAUUCCCCGAGCCGGGUCCCUUCGUCCCGGGCACUGAAUUUGACGUCAACCAGACUUCAUCCGACCUGGUUACGUCCUACCUAGUUACUGGAGCCAGGAGGACGGCGACCACGCUGCUAAAAGCCGCGGUCACCGCAGGGGUUUACGGCGGGUUAGCAUACCAAGUUUACUGGUUAUUGGAGCAUUCCGCCCCAUGGGAUUGGCAUCCCUUGCUUUUGGCCAUUUCCUUCUUCGCCCUUCCACAGCCCCUGCCCCUUCUCGCCAUCGCCCUUGGCUCAAACCCCUUAUUCACACCGCUUCUACAAGGCCCUACCGCGGUCUGGUGGGAAGCCGCUUUGUCCCUGGCGCUGCUCGGGAGCCUGGUCCCCGAGACACAAUCCCUGUUAAAGGUGCUAGAAGAAGCCGCCCGGGAGAAACUACCGCCCUGCGAAACGCGCGAAGACCUGUCUCUGCUUACGGCGCUCCUCCGCGCGCUGUGCCCCGGCCUCGGUUGGCGACUCCACCCGUUCGCCUUCAGUCUCAACUUCAAACGGAUCGUCAUCCUGCCGAUGCCCCGGCAGCUUCCCCUGCCCGUCCCCGUCCCUGAGUGGGAGCUUCUUCCGCAAUCGGGAUUCGCCCUUUCGUAUGCCUCACCCCUGAUUUUACCCCUGGCAACCAUCCUACAAACGGCAACACAACCAGACGCCCCGCCUUUCAAUCCCGUCGAAGCUUUGAGUGUGGUAGUGUCAUCUUCGGCUGUGCUCGUAGGCGUUCUGGCGUCCGUCACAACGAUUCUCAUUCGUAGACAGAAGGAUGCGUACGUUCGUGCCCUUGAGGAAAUCAAGGUGGAGGAAGCUUGA